GUAACCAAUAAGAACGCAGCGUGACUGAGAGGGGCGGGCUCUAUUUGUGUUUGUGCUCAGUUCAAACUGUCUCCUUAACAACGUAUGAAAACGAACGAUAAAAGCAGAUUGUGUUGUUGGAUUGACGCCUUGUGAUGGCUGGAACCGGGGAGGGGAAGAAAGAAGAGGCCGAUUAUAAGAGACUGCACAACUUCCCCCUCAUCAGGCACACAGACAUGCCAGAUGAAAUGCGAAUAGAGACCAUGGAGCUGUGUGUAUCAGCCUGUGAAACGUUUGCAACAAACAAUGAGAGUGCAGCGAAGAUGAUCAAAGAGCACAUGGACAAGAAGUUCGGCAGCUCUUGGCACGUGGUGAUUGGCGAAAGCUUUGGUUUCGAGGUCACGCAUGAAUUGAAGAACCUGCUCUACAUGUUUUUUGGAGGGAGCCUGGCCGUGUGCGUGUGGAAGUGCUCGUAGCGGCUCCGCCCUUUGCUUUAUCCCAAUGGUGACUGAAUUGGAAAUUAACACCAGCUUCUAGCCAGAUUCUGGUUACAUUUGGGUUUGGCACGUCAGCUUGUCUAUACUACCAUCCACGAGGCUCAGUAUGGUGAUCUGAAUACAGAGAACACUUGAAAGUCUGACAUCUUUGAUUGGCAUGAACAGCUGCUAGCCUCUUCCGCUACAAUUCCUGUUACACUUGUUUCUUUUUAUUUUUUUACCCCCAUAAACCUGUUCUGUACUCACUUUAAGCAUUGUCCUGAGUGUUUGUGAGAGUGCCUGUGCAGUUCAGUUACUUUUCUCAAAAUGGCAGCUGGCCAGGGUCUCCAAUCCCCUUUGUCCUCCUUCCUUCUUCAGGGAGUGUGUGUGUUUGCAAGUGUGUGACUGAACUGACACGUUUGUGUGUGCUGGACACACACUUUGUUUUGGUAUGAACCCUCUCAACCAAUGGUAAUAACACUACUGACCACUGAACAGUCUAAGCACAAGAAGUGCAAGCCUUUUCCUGUCCGCACCGCCUGAAACUUCUCGCCUGUGCAGCACUACAUGGUUUUCAAUAAAGUUUUUAAAUAUUUUUUACGUGUACAUAUCUUGAUGGAAAGCUUCAUUUUGAAGGUAUCUUCUUAUAACCGAGGGCUCCGAAUCUUAAAGCCAAACAAUAAAACCCGAUCCACCUUUUUUUCUCCUUGCUGUUUGUAAUGAUCUUAAACCGGAGCCUUCUUGGGUGACAGCAGCAAUGUGAUUGCUUCAUGCAACUGAAAGGAUCCUGCUCAGUGGAGCAUAACAUGUGAACUGACCUGAUUGUAUAAUAAAGUGAAAUGUAGUGAAUGA